AUGCCUGAGAAGGAAAGGUUCCCUCCAGGCUCCCAGGUACUAGCGUACCAUGGACCGCUUGUAUAUGAAGCCAAAGUGUUGAAGUUUAGGGAGAAGGGAAAACUCUUUGUGGAAAUUGGCGAGGGACAAAGUGAACCACUAGAACAGAACAAGAUCCCAUUGUUCCUACAAGAUGGCGAUGCCUACUUUCUUCAUUACAAAGGGUGGAGCCCAAAGUGGGACGAGUGGGUGUCUAAUGAACGAGUCAUGGAGCUUAACGACGACAACUUGGGGCUUUCACGAGAACUACGAAAUGCCAGAAAGCGUGCUAUCGAUAGAUUAGAUCCGUCGAAAGAACGGAAGAAGCAGGUGAAGGAGGAGUCCAAAGAAAAGAGAAGAAGGAAGCUGCCGUCAGUAGCGCCGCUGUCCACAUCGUCUAACGGCACAUUUGAUUCAUCGAGACCAUCCACCAAUGGUAGUGCUCGAAAAAGAAUAAGGCAGGAGCCAAAAACACCGUACUAUGAAAUCAUGAUACCAUUACGUCCCCAAUUGAAGGUGUUGCUUGUUGAUGACUGGGAGUUCAUGACACGAGACCACAAGCUAGUGGACUUGGAGACAACAACACCAGUUAAGCGCAUACUUGAAGACUUUUACGACAAUGAAGAAAGAAGAGGCGUCAGCGAAGAAAUGCUACGUACGGUUAGAGAGGCCGUGGAUGGGUUAGCAGUAUACUUUGAUAAAAUGCUUCGAUUUUGUUUGCUCUACAGAUUUGAGAGACUACAGUAUAGUCAGCUUUUGGAAGAGAAUCCCAAUAUAGACACAGCAGACAUUUACGGAAUGGAACAUCUUCUUCGACUUUUGGUUACCUUGCCAGCACAAGUUGCCCAGACCAACAUGAACAGCAUUGCAUUGAAUACUCUUUUAGCGCAAAUGAGACAGUUGAGUAUAUUCAUCGACGAGAACGCCGCCAAAUAUGCCAGCAGUUACAUGAACGCUAGCCCAGCAUAUGAUAGACUCGCGAGAGGUGCUUGA